UAUAAUUAAUAAUAAUUAUAAUUAUUGUAGUGUUUAAAAUUCUAUUUUUAAAAUGCGUUCAAAAUUCUGAUUUUAAAAUGCGUUCAAAAAGUAAAUUAGAUUAUUAUACGCACGCGCGUAAACUUUCACUUUCAAUUGGAGGAAUUACAAGUUCUCAUCACAGUAUACAAGACGUGUUUUUUUGGAGCAUCAUUUUUAAUAAUUCCUUAAACAAAAAAUCUUCGACAAUAUUGUAUUAAGACUAUUACAUUGUCUUCAUCAAAUCAUUAUGAUUUGAAAUUUCAAUCGGUGUUAAUGAUUCUCACAGAAGGGAAGACAACAUUUUGUCAACAUCAUUUAAAUUGAAAAGUGUUAAAAGUAUGUUUGCUUCCGGAUUGUUUUUUUCUAUUGUGGUGGGAAUCGCAUUAUUUCAAAAUUCAUCAGCUAAUUAUUUAACUGCUGAUGAUUUAGGAACAGUUAUAUUUUCCAGUUUGCUUUUCAGACAUGGAGAUCGAACGCCUGUCGAUCCUUAUCCAAAUGAUCCUUAUCGAAAUGAAUCAUCAUGGCCUGUGCCCUUCGGACAGUUAACAAACUUGGGAAGACAUCAGCAUUUAAUGCUUGGACGAUGGUUGAGGAAUCGCUACAGUAAACUAUUGCCCGAGACUUAUACGUAUUAUGAUAUUUUUGUUCGGAGUACGGACGUCGAUCGCACUCUAAUGUCGGCCGAGUCGAAUUUAGCAGGAUUAUAUCCACCCGAGGGCAAGCAAGUUUGGGACAAUUUGAAAUGGAUGCCCAUUCCAGUGCACACUGUACCCGAGAAGGAGGAUCAUAUUCUAUACGCCAGGAAAUAUUGUCCACGCUAUGAAUAUGAACUCGAAAAGCUUAUGAAUUCUGAUGAAAUGAAGAAAAUUAAUCAGGAAAAUGCUCAAGUCUAUGCGUACCUCACUCUUCAUACGGGAAGAAAAAUUAACACUCUGGAAGAUGUGAAUACAAUCUAUAAUACACUUUUUAUUGAGGAACUUUAUAACAAAACGUUACCAGCAUGGACAAAGGCAGUGUAUCCAGAUAAAUUGAAACCGAUUGCAGAGAUGAGUUUCGAGACUGAUUGUUAUAAUAAAAUUUUAAAGCGCCUAAAAACAGGUUCAUUGCUUGGUGAAAUGGUGCAAAAUUUAUUAAUGAAAUCGAAAAAUUCGUUGAAUCCGGAUAGAAAAUUGUGGAUUUAUAGUGCACAUGACGAGACGGUGGCAAAUUUUUUGAUGACGUUGGAUUUAUUCGACGCCCAUUGUCCACCGUAUGCUGCUCUUGUUUUACUCGAAUUGAGAGUAAAUUCGAAAAAUCAACACAUUGUCACGAUUUCUUACAAAAAUUCGAGUGCAGAGCCAACUUUGUUAACUCUUCCGGGUUGUGUUCCUGGAUGUCCAUUGAAGCAGUUUGUGAAACUGACGAAAGAUUUAAUUCCGGAGAAUUGGGAAGAAGAGUGCUUAAUUCGAGUGUUGCGCAAUGAAUUUUUAAGUCCUAAGGGAGUUAUAGUGAUGCUGACUUCAUCUGUAUUGAUGUUGAUAAUAUUGCUGAUACUAUUUGUUGGAUUGGUUUAUGGAUAUCAUAGACGAAAAUACGAUCAGUAUUAUUUACGAUUGACGACUGAACCUAUGUAAGAAGGAAGAAAAAUAAUUGUCCUACCUCAAAGUUUAUACAUCGACAUUGGAAUGGUAUUAAUGUUAUUUAUUUAUUUUUUUUUGGAACACUUGCAUUACUUUUAAAAGCUGAUCUUCCAGAAGUAAAUUUAAGUACUGACCAAAUUUUUACUAUUUAAGUCUACAACUAUACUGGUAAAGAAAUAAAAAAAAAAUUAUAUAAUUAUAUAAUUUACAAUUAUAAAAUUGUAUAUUAUAUAAUUUAUAAUUAUAAACGUACUGUUAUGCAUAUUAUAUAGUUAUAUAAAAUAAUAACAGUAAAAUUUGCAAUAAUGAAAAGUAUAGUAAAUUCAAAAGCAAAGAGGCUUAAUCUGGAAUUCACUUGAAUAUAGAAAAAAUUUUCAAGAAAUUUAUACAUAUUUUUCGAAAUUUUAUGGUAAGACUUUUUCCGUCUAGUCAUAAUUUUUUUUCUGCAAACUGUGAAAUGUGAAUGAAAACUUAGAUUUAUUUUUUACUAUUUUUUAACAAGAAAAGAGAAA